UCCCUAAAAAAGAAUGUAAUAAAUUAAUAAUAUUCAAGGUAUCCAGUGUGGCCUAACAACUAUGCGCACUUAGGUGACUCUCGCUGCGAAGACGGAGCAGAAGGCGCAUCACCCGGGAGUCAUCGAGAUCUGCAACGUUCAAACGCUGCGUUUGCUUCACGGAGAAGCUCAACCCCCCUGGAAUCUACACCAACAACAAUGCUGCUGCUCUUACUUUUCUUCUUUUAGUCUGCGUGUUGUUGAAGACACGCCGUUAAAGUAAGAAAAAAGAUUUAUACUUCAGCCCUCUCUAAAUUUCCUUAAUUUCUCCGCUCAGGCUUCAGCCUUAAUGACAGUUCUUAUGCUUCACCAAAAUCCACAUUCUUCCAUCUUUAUAUGGGAAUGAGGAGAACUGCUGAGAUUACACUCUUGUUGUGAAGUCAUAUGCAUAGGAGCUUACAUUAACAGCAUCCUAUGAAGCGGACUUCCUUCAUCCUGGCAUUACUAUUCCUCUUGCUCCUAUUUUUCUUUUCACAAGCGACUGCCAACCUACAAUCAGACAAACAAGCUCUUCUUGACUUCGCUGCUCUGGUCCCUCAUGGACGAAAAAUCAACUGGAACCCUUCAAAACCAGUCUGCACUUCUUGGAUUGGCGUCACUUGCAACAAUAAUGGCUCUCGUGUGCUUGCCGUCCACCUGCCUGGAGUUGGACUGUAUGGUCCAAUUCCGGCCAAUACACUUGGGAAGUUGGAUGCCCUUAUGAUUCUCAGCCUGCGGUCCAAUUUCCUCAAUGGGAACCUUCCAUCAGACGUACUCUCCCUUCCAUCCCUCCAGUAUGUUUAUCUUCAACAUAACAACUUCUCAGGUGCAAUACCUUCGUCUCUAUCCCCCCAAUUGAACUUGCUUGAUUUCUCCUUCAACUCCUUGACUGGCAGGAUUCCAGCCACAAUUCAAAAUUUAACACUACUCUCUACUUUGAGCCUACAAAACAAUGCCCUCACAGGAUCAAUACCUAAUCUCCCAGCACUCCAAGGUUUGAAUCUUAGUAACAACAACCUAGAUGGCCUGAUUCCACUUGCUCUGCAGAAGUUUUCUGCCUCCUCCUUUCAAGGGAAUACUAUGCUUUGUGGGCCUCCAUUGAACCCGUGCUCCACUGUCAGCCCAUCACCUUCUCCUUCCCCUGCUUAUUUACCUCCCUCUCCUCUCAUCCCGGCAAAACCAAGAAAUGGCUCCAAGAAGAAACUAAGUACAGGAGUUAUCAUUGGCAUUGCAGUUGGGGGUUCUGCUGCACUGCUUUUCCUAUUUCUUAUGUUGUUUGUUUUCUGUUUGAAGAAAAAGGAGAACGGAGGUAAUGGUGAAAUGAAAGGGAAAGUUGGAAGGAGUGAGAAGCCUAAGGAGGAUUUUGGAAGUGGGGUGCAAGAGGCUGAGAAGAAUAAGUUGGUGUUCUUUGAAGGUUGUUCCUCUAAUUUUGAUCUUGAGGAUUUACUAAGAGCUUCAGCAGAAGUGCUGGGAAAGGGAAGCUAUGGUACAACCUACAAGGCCAUUCUGGAGGAGGGAUCGGCCGUGGCUGUCAAGAGGUUGAAAGAAGUGGCUGUAGGAAAAAGAGAGUUCGAGCAGCAAAUGGAGACCGUGGGGAGGGUAGGACAGAACCCAAAUGUCAUCCCUCUCCGUGCUUAUUAUUACUCCAAGGAUGAGAAACUCCUGGUUUAUGACUACAUAACAGCUGGCAGCUUGUCUGCACUAUUGCAUGGAAACAGGGAACCUGGACAAAGUCUUGACUGGGAAUCCAGAGUUAAGAUUUCCCUUGGUGCCGCAAGAGGCAUAGCCCACAUCCAUUCUGUUGGUGGGGGGAAAUUCUUCCAUGGGAAUAUCAAGUCUUCCAAUAUCCUCCUCACACAGGAUCUUCAUGGCCGAAUCUCAGAUGUUGGCUUAGCUCCUCUGAUGAGUUACCCUACUGUCCCAUUUAGGGGUGCAGGCUACCGAGCUCCAGAGGUGAUUGAAACCCGGAAAUUUACCCAGAAGUCUGAUGUCUACAGUUAUGGGGUUCUACUUCUUGAGAUGCUGACUGGUAAGGCGCCAGUCCAAUCAGCAGGGCAUGAGGAUGUGGUUGAUCUUCCAAGGUGGGUUCAGUCCGUUGUUCGAGAGGAAUGGACUGCUGAGGUUUUUGACGUUGAGCUAAUGCGACACCAAAACAUCGAAGAAGAGUUGGUACAAAUGCUACAGAUAGCAAUGGCCUGCGUGGCUAGGGUGCCAGACAUGAGACCUACAAUGGAAGAAGUACUUAAAAUGAUCGAGGACAUUUGCCCAUCUGAAUCCGAGAACCGGCCCUCAUCAGAGGAGAACAAGUCCAAGGACUCGAAUACGCAGACACCAUGAUCGAUCCAGUCAAAACCAACAUUCCAUCUAAGCUAAAUAAAAAAAUUUGAAAGGUUCAUUGUCUAAAUUACCUGCUGUGAUGCCAUAACAAAGGACUGCAGAGCCUCUCACAAAAACUUGGGUAAUUUGGAAUGCAAAGGAGCAAUCUGUUUUUCCAAUAUCUAGACUCUAUCCACAUGAAAUAAUGCAUGUAAAAAAUGUCAAGGGCACAAUUCCCCCAUUCUUCUGUAGUUUAAAACUAUA